AUGAUAAUAGAGACAAACCAGGAAGAAAAGGAGCUUGAAACAGAAAAUAACGAUAGAAUGGUAACUAAGAUGACACCAAGAAGAGUUAAAGUAUAUAUUUUACAGGAUAAUGAAUGGAAAGAUACAGGGACCGGUCAUUGUGUAGGUACCAUAAUUGAUAAUGUUCCUUACAUGCUUGUCAAUAAUGAAGUAGACACUAAUACUACCCUUUUAAGAAGUAAAAUAGGAGGAAACAUUGAAUAUCAGAGACAAGAAGAAACAUUGAUUGUUUGGAAAGAUAAUCAAAAUAAUGAUAUUGCCCUAAGUUUUGAAGAAAGCGUUGGUUGUGAUGAUAUCUGUAAUUUUUUGAUUCAUAUUCAAAAGACUCUAGAAAACAAUAUCUCUUUGGUGGCUGUAAGGUCUGAUCACGAUCCCUUAAACGGAAGUGGCACUGGAGCUACCACAGCUGUUCACGAAAUGAUUGCAGGCCCAGUACAAUUACCUUCAAUGGAUCAAACACAAGAUGACAUUAUACUGUUAGAAUCCCUGAAAAUACUUAAUGACAAUACUAUGUUUGAAUUUUUAAAGAAUGAAACAAUUCAUUGGUAUUUUAACUCAAGCUAUCUUUCGAAUAUAUUAAUACCCCAAUUCAAUUUGUCUGAACAGAAUCAUCUUAUUAAGAAUUUAUUUUUAUUAAGCAAUAUUAUAAAGACAUUGAUACUAUAUAAUCAAAAGGAAAUCAUUGACCAGUUCAUACAGGAUGAGGAAACUUUUUCUUCCAUUAUUGGAAUACUAGAAUAUGAUACAGAAUUUCCUGAUUCAAAAGCCACUCAUCGAUCAUAUUUAGCCCAUAGUAAUAAUCCAGCUCUAUCAUUAUCCCCAACUUGUUCAUCAACUUCAUCAUCGGAGCCAUCAAUUUACAAGGAAAUAAUUCCAUUAGAGAAUGAGCAUUUAAAAAUUUAUAUUAAAAAAUAUUUUAAGUUACAAUUCUUAAAAGAUAUAGUUUUGGUUAGAUUCAUUGAUGAUCAUAAUUAUUGUUUAAUCAAUGAGAUGUCUUUAGAUCUGCAAGCUCAAAUCAUUGAUUUAUUACAAACAGAUGCUUAUUUGGAUAAAAUAUUUGAAUUAUAUAGGACUCCAGUUAUUGAAAAUGACGAAGAUUUUAAAUUAAAGAAGAAAUAUGGUAUUAGAUUAUUGCACCAAUUUAUUGAAAUGACUAAAAAUUUAAAUUCAGUUGAAAAAAAUGACUUUUUCAAGUUUUUAAUUCAAAAGGGAUUUUAUAAAAUAAUCGAUUAUGCCUUUAAUAUAGAAAAAGAUAAUAAUCUAAGAAUUUUGGCCACUGAUUCUUUAAUAACAAUAAUGGAACAUGACAUUUUUUUAUUAUCAAAUAUUAAUGUUGCUGAUGAGAUAUCUAAUACGAAUACAAACUCAAUUCCUGAUAUGACUCUUUUAAAGCUAUUAUCUAAUAUUUUAUUAAAUGAUAAAAGUCCAGGUUUAAAAGAACAAAUUGUCCAAGCUUUAUAUACAUUACUACAACCAAGUAAUAGUAGCAUUACUGGUAAUAAUUUUGAUUAUGAAGAGGAAGAUAUGCAUACUAAUGGCAAUAAUGAAUUCCAUGGCAAUAAUCAACAGUUUGUUUCAAAUCCAAAUUCUAUUCAUGAUGAAGAAGAUAUAAUUGAAUAUUUACAAUUAUUUUAUAAAGAAAUUGCACCAAUAUUAUUUGAUCCAUUAAUUAAUUAUAAGGUACAUUCCUCAAAUGGUGAGUCUAGUAAUAGAAUUGAGGAUGAACAAUUAUUAAUUCACUUAAUUAAACUAAUUACCUUUAUUAUUACAGAGCAUGAUAAAAGGUUAAGCCGGAAUUUUACAUUAGAAAACAGCAUUUUAGUCAACAUUAGUAGAACAAUUAAUUGUAAUGAAAAUCAUAUUUUGCAAUUAAGAUUAACAUCGAUCCGUUGUUUUAAAACAAUUAUUUGUUUAGAUGAUGAUUAUUAUAAUCGUUAUAUCAUAUCAAAUAAUUUGUUUAGCCCUAUUAUGGGUUUAUUGGUUGAGAACAUUGGAUUAAACAAUUUAGCAAAUUCUACAAUGCAAGAUUUUUUUAAAAUUAUUUUAAUAAAUUGUAAACAAUUAGAUAAUAUUGAAAGAGAAAGAGAAGCUACAGUUGAUGGUUAUGAAGAUUUAUCAAAAACAAGUUUGAAUGAUAACGAAAAGAGAUUUAUUCAUAAAUCCAAUUUUAUUCUGCUUAAUAAAUAUAUGUUCGAGAAUUUUUCUAAUAUAUUUGAAAAAAUAGAUGAUAUGCCAUAUCUAACAGAAUUAGCCAACUACAAGUAG